AUGAAUGUUAUCAUCAAUUCAGCUGGUAAUACACUUUAUCGUUGUCCACUUGUGGGUAAAAAGCUACUUUUAACACCAGGUCCAUUAAAUAUCUUGAUUUCCAAGUAUUCAACAGUCAAUAAUGAAAAGAAUUCAUCGAGUAGAAACCAAAAUCAAAAUCAACAGGAUAGACUGCAUAAAAUCAUUGCCAAAUCAAAGAUUUUAUCCAAAUUAAAUCAAAAUCCAAGAUUUGCAAGUUAUUUUGCUAGAUUAUCUGAUGCAGGCGUCACUUCGACGGUGACUUCUUUUCUAAUUUUACAUGAAUUUACUGCAAUUGUACCGCUAUUUGGACUAUGGUACAUAUUCUACCAGCUAGAUCUACCUGAACAGUAUGAAUUACCUCUGUAUUUUACGGAUCUCUUGAACCGGUGUGGUGAUGCCAUGGAGAAACUGGUUGGUGAUAAGUAUGCCAGUGACUUAGAUCACAAUAGACUCAUACUUGCAGGUGCCAUUUCAUACUCGAUUGUCAAGCUCUUAUACCCAAUUCGAGUGUUUGCGAGUCUCUGGGGGGCUCCAUAUGUGGGGAGGUGGAUUUUAAGUCCAUUCCGUAGAAUAAGGUCUAAAUAUGCCAAGAAGGGUGAGAAAUCUGCUGAGAAUUUUGAUGGAUAA